CUUCGUAGGCGUUUAUAUAUAUGACGUAGCAGUUGGCAGUUGACCAUCAUUUAUGGCUGCUUUUGCAAAGGUUCACAAAGUAGGAUUCGUGCAGGUCGAACCGAAGGCCAUUCAUUGCCUUGCAUAUGAUGAGGACGUAAGGAAGAUAGCUGUCAGCAGGUCAGAUAACUCCAUUGAAAUAUGGAAUCUCCAAGGAAAUCCAUACCAAGAAUGCACAUUCCUGGCAAGGUUAGACUAUUCUGUGGAAGCCCUAGGUUGGUAUCAAGGACGCCUUUUUUCUACUGGUCUCAGUGGAUUUCUGGUUGAGUAUUGCCCUUACUCGUUUGAAAUCAAGGUGGGUACAGAGAAUGGAUAUGUUUCCAUAUUCACAUUAUUGGAAGAUGGAUUCACAUAUGAGAAGCAUUUGGAUAGACAGCAGGGUGUUGAUCCAAUGAUGGUAGAGUUCAAGAGAGCAGAGGGUGGAGAAAGAGAAUGGGUCCGUUCCUUAGGUCGAGUCACGCAUUCUCAUGAUGUGAGAGCUGUAUUGAAUUUAAAUAAAUUUCUCAUUACUGGAGGUAUUGAUGGGUAUCUCAGCAUAUCAACCAGGCAUACUAUGACAGUACGGUAUCCAGGUAUUCCUCAGGCUCCCUGUGUAGAAGUCCUCCCAACUGCAAGGAAACUCUUGGUUCACACCAAGACUGCAUUGGAACUUUGGCGGUUGGGCUCUGCCGUUGAUCGAGAGCCCCCAAAAGAUGGAUCUCGCAGAUUUCUCAAAGUCAUUGAACCUCCCAGGAAGGUCCUCGUCAUCGAACCACAGGAUAAUGAAAUCAUCAUCACAUGUGCUGCUUCUCCAAACGCCUCCUGGCUUGCCUACUCUCUGACUAAUAGCAUGAAAAUCUUCAAUCUUGAGCUGGUUAGAGAGUAUGAAGAAGACAUUGUCCUCCGAAAAGUGAAGUGCCUGCCAAGUGAAUGUGAGAGAGGUGCCACAGCCUUGUCCUUCAUCUCAGAGGAUCGCCUACUUGCUGGUGACAACCAGGGCUCCCUCCAUGUCUUUCGGUUUCAUGACAUGUCAUACAUCAGUGGACCACAAUGUGAUGUUUCCAUCCCAAAUGUCCUGACAGGUGAAGUGGGGAGGAAGUCAGCUGUAUGUCUGAUCAGUCACGAUUCAAAGGAGAAGAGGUGUGCUGUUGCUGGCUCUUUUCCAGCUGUUGCUGUGGUAGACCUCAAUUCCUUCACUGUGACACAUAGGUUGAAGGUGAACUCAUUGGCCCCAGUAACAGCCAUGGCAAUGCAGCCUGGGACUUCAAAUCUCAUCCUUGUCUUUUCUGACCGAAUGAUCCAAGAGGUCAAUGCCAAAACUGGAGAGUUCACAAAGUGGUACCGGGAAAUCUACAGAAAGUUGCCAUUGGCUCACCUAAGCCACCCAUAUGCUGCCAGAGGUGUCUCCUUCCAUCCUCGACAUCAAAAUCUUCUCUUAAUUCAUGAUACCUCUGCAGUGGUCAUUCUUGACAAGCAACAAAUUCAAAUAGAAAACAGAGAUACGAAGAAGGAGCUUGAAGAAUUGAAGAGGAAGUCUCACAAACGAACCAAGAAGAUGGGGAGAAAGGAGGAAAGCCAUAAGGAAGCUGGUGUAGCUGUUCAUAAGCAGUACAGACAUGUGGUUGGGAUGGGGUUCCUGUCAGAAGAUGAGCUAGUAAUUGUUCAGAGGACACCAGAGCAGCUGAUCUCCACCUUACCACCUCCCCUCAAGAAGAAGAAAUUUGGCACCUGAUCCUUCCAUGCUUGGAUCAAUUGUGUUGUUAUGAGUAAAUGUUCUUUUAUGAUUGUCAUA